AUGGAAUCGACUUUUUCGCUGAAUUCUAAGAAUAGCCAAUCAAAAACAUCUCAGUAUUCUUUAGGAAAGAAGUUUGGGCAUAGAAGGGCUGCUACACUUCGUCAAGAUCUUGAGAAGACUAUUGCUAUGGAGAAAUUGCUGAAAAAUAAAGAGAUAGGGGAAAAGUAUUCUCAAAUUAGAAGGAAGAAGACUAAUGCUACCCAUAAAUCAAAAAAUCUUAGCAAUAUGACUUCUCAAACCUAUAAAGGGACUCCUAAAAUAAUAUAUACCUACCAAUCGGACCUUGUAUCGGAGCUUGAAGUUGAUAUUCAAAAUAUGAACAAUGAGUUUGGAAUUAAAGAGUCCCAAUUGUCACUAGAAAUAGAUAUGCUCUCUACAAAACUUGAAGAGGAAAAGAGCAUAAAUACCAGCACUAAAAAGAUACUUGACCUCCACAAUAAAUAAAGUCGAACUUAUAGUCAAAAGAAUCGACCACAAUAUUGCCUCCAGUCAUAAAGCUAUCCAUCGCCAUAAAGUCUCUAUUGGUUCAGAAAAUGAGAUUUUCGCCAAAAAUGCCAAUACCAUUUUCUCCAAUGAAUCUUCUAAGGUAGAUAAAAAGUGUAAACAGAGUAAGCCUCUAAGCCUGGAAGAGAACUGUAGCAUGCUUCAGCAAAAGAUAGAGGAACUUCUACAGGCCCACAAGCAACUUAGAGAUCAAUUGAAGGAAAAUAGGAACCAGGGAGAGGAGAGUCUGGAAGAGAUAAGCGAGAAGGCAAAGAGACUCAACCUCGACUUAAUGUUGGAAUCAGAGAAUUUUGAAAAUUACUCACAACAGUUAGAUCUAGGAGAAUUAAAAGAAAGAUGCAUCACUCCUUCUGGUUUGUAUUUCACAAUUUCUCAUCAAACUCCUUUUGGAAAUAUUCUUUUUACUGGUAAAGAUACCGGAGAGAAAGAAGUUUAUGAUAAAUCAGGCUAUUUAACCACAGGGAAGAAUAAAGUAAAUGAAAAAAUAUCUACUCACAGCAGACACAAAUCAUUUAAUCAAAAGCUUGUAAAUAGCUCACAAAGUACAAAAGAUUGCCUAUCCUCAGAGUGGGAAGAUGAUAAAGAUAUUACCAAUUGCACAAAAUGAGGCACUAAAUUUUGGCUGCUCUCCAGAAAACACCACUGCAGAAUUUGUGGUAAAAUAUUCUGUGGCAACUGCAGCAAAUUCUCAGUCCUCCUCAAAGGAUCAAAGGAAAGAUCUUGCCUUACAUGAAAAGAAAUGAUACAAGAAAGAACUCAUCUCUAAAAUUUCGUCUUCAAUUGAAAAAUUU